AUGUCUAAUCCAGCCUACGCUCCAAGCCCAGCCGCCUGGUCGAAGGGGGCAAGCAAGUUUCCGUCAUAUUUUGGAGAAGCAAAGAUCGCUCAUGCGGCUCUGGGGGCGGCGGCAUUUCUGUUCUGCUUUCCUCUCGGUGGUAUCAUUGUCAAAGUGUGGCCGCAUCGUCAUAUCGUGUGGAUCCAUGCGGCAAUCCAGAUGUUUGCAUUGGCCGUGUUUGUGGCGUCGACGGGUUUAGGGAUAUGGAUGGGUUUGAAAAUCAAUGCUCUUGACCACUACCACUGCGUCAUCGGCCUCGUCACUCUAGGCCUCCUGGGUCUCCAGCCUCUGAUGAAGUUGCACUGGUUCCACGAAAAGGUUCCCAAGGUGGUGCACUUUGUGCACAUCCAUCUCUGGCUUGGGCGUGUGCUGAUCCUUCUCGGGAUCGUGGAUGGCGGUCUGGGUUUCCAAUUCGCAGCCACCUUCAAGGGACCCCAGUGGGCGAGCGGGUGGAAGAUUGCAUAUGGCGUGUGUGGUGCGCUGGUGUGGAUCAUCUACGUGAGCGUCGUGAUUGUGUGGGUGGAGUUGAAGAAGCCUGAUGCGGGCAUGACGAGGAUUGCCGAGAACGAGGAAAUGACGGCGUUGAAUCAGGCCAGGGGACGGACUGACGAGAGGCCAAAGACUGCCGAUACUGUGGCGAGCACGGUGCACGACGUCGAGGUUGGCGAAGUGGUGCCGAUUGAGCCAAUACGACCAGCACGGCCUCGAGCGUUGUGA